CUUGCCUCAUAUAAUUCAAGCUCAUUUUGCUGCAAUGGGCUGUGGAAAUUCCAAAGCUGUGGCUGUUCAACCUUUAAGUGACUCUAAAAAGAAAGGAUGGGCAGAGAAAUCAAAGGAUAAGACCAUCAAGGAUGACGGCACCAUAACUCCUCGUGAUGGAUCUGCUGUGUCAAAGACUACAAUGGACAGUGGGCUAGGCCAAGAAGAUACACCUACAAUAAAUCCUGUGCCAGCAGGGCAACCACGGACUCCCAGGGGCAGCAUGCCACCGAACAUGUUAGGUGGAGUGAUUCAACAAAAUAAUAGUGGAGUAAUGAGGACAAAUGAUGCAUUGAUGAUCCGGCAGCAGUCCUCUGACAUCCUUGAUGAGCUAAGGCAGCAGGGAAUCAUCCAGACUGAGCCAAAGUUCGUGAGAAGUGGGGAAGCAUUUGAUGUUAUGGUGGCCUCUGCUGACAGACCACUGGGGAAACCACCUGCAAGGCUGGCAAAACUGAAACCAAAAGAGGAACAAUCUAAUAUCACACUGCAAGAUAUUGAAAAUAAAAUAAAAGCAGCAGAGGAAAGAAGAAAGGUAAAAGAGGAAGAAUUAAAGCAAAGAUUACGAACUGCAAGUGAAAGGCCAGCGACAGGGAUGUCUCAUUACCGAUUCAAAACUGAAGACGAAAGAUACUCUCCAGAUGGAAACAAAAUUGAAACUGCCAACUCCAGUCAAAAUAAAACAUACCCAGAAAGCCAAAAACAGAUAGACAAGGAAAGAGCAACAGUGACAUUUGCAGAACCUCAGAAAGAAAGCAAACAACAUUUGGAAGAUGAAGGCGGGAUGGGUUAUGAAGAUGAAUUAGAAUCAGAUUCUACCUUCAACAAGACAGUUUAUAAAACAUCAGAUGAAACAGAUGACUUCUGAGAGUACAGCUUGGAUUCAUAAAAAACACACAUUUAUGCACCUUCAUUUAGUAAACAAUGUUGAAGUACAGUAUUCUCAUCCUCAUAUCAAAAUUUACUCAGGUGGCCAGUGAGCUAUUUUUGCCAAAGCUUUCAUUCAUGAUACAAUAAGUGUUUAAUAUUGUACUAUAUGGCACUUGGUAUCACCAGAUUUUAAUGCCAGAUACCUGAAAGGCUUACACUGAUAGUUGUAGAUCUGUUAUUGGUUAUUAGUUGUAUUUCCAGCAAAAUAAUUAUUUCUGCAAUAGAUCUACACCCCUUUCUGUACACUAUAGUUUUAUAAACCAUUAGUGUAUUCAGCCUCACUUAUAAUAUAUCUGUUCAACAAUAUAGCAAACAAUCAUGCGAUGUAAAUGUAUUAAGACAUGACAUCAGUUAAAAAUAUCACAUCAAAGUAUGUUUUUCAUAUUGAAUGAAGUUAUAACGGUGAUACUUGUGUUCUAUGUCAACUAGAGUAAUAAAUGUACUUACUUUUGAAUCUGGGUUAUUUAAAUAAAGUAUGUAUAACUGGAACAUGACUUUUGAUAGCCCGUAAAUCACAGUCCCCCCUGAUCUGUGGAUAUAGACCUGUCCUAUCAUUAAAUGAUGCAUUGUUCAGUUUCUUCUGAGUCAUAUCAUAUACAAAAUGAAUAGCAUGUUUCUAUAGUCAUUUGUACUUAUCUUGACUAUAAAGAACCAGUUCAGACAUUUACCUUCUCAUUGACUACUAAAUUAGGAAGACAUAGAUAUAGCAAAUGGUAAUUCUUACCAGAUGUGGAAACUUGGAAAUAAUAACAGCCCAAUAAAAUCAUGCAGUCCACCUAG